GGCUAGCGGCGGCGGCGGAGGAGAUCCUCGCGGUGCUUGAGGAAACCGUGGAAGAGUACGAAGACAGACUGGAGCGGUCCGAGCGGUCCGAGCGGGAGAUCUGCCGCCAGAGGAGGCUGCUCGAUGCCGCGAUGAAGCCCGAAAUAAGGCUGCACAGAAUAGACUUCCUGCAACCGGUGGUGAUUAAAGAGGAGGUUCCCCCUGAGCAGCAGCAGUGGAGCCCUCUUACGGACCAGGAGGACUCAGAGCCCCCUCACAUUAAAGAGGAACAGGAGGAACCUUGGACCAAUCAUGAGGGAGAGCAGCUUCAACAACUGGAGGAGACUGAUAUCAAGUUCACGUUGACUCCUUUCGCUGUGAAGAGUGAAGAAGACGAAGAGAAACCUCAGUCGUCACAGCUUCGUCAGAGUCAGAAUGAGGAGAACAGAGCGGAUGGUGGAAAACCAGAACCAGCUAGGAACUCAGGUCCUGAUGGACAUUUACAAACUGGUCCUGAGGACAAGACUGAGGACUCUUCUGAGCCUGAAGAGAGUGAAGAUGAUGGGAUGGAGACUAGGGAGCCUCAGGGUCGUUUGAAUAUAAGAAACAACAAACAGCCUUUAAGUGAUAUGAGAUGUGAAACUGAUAAGAAACCAUUUAGGUGCUCUGAGUGUGGUAACAGAUUUAGACUAAAGGCCAAGCUAACUCUACAUAUGAAAAUUCAUGCAGAAGAGAAAUCAUUUAGUUGCUCUGAGUGUGGCAACAGAUUUAGACGAAAAGAAGAGCUAAAGCUGCACAUGAGGAUUCAUACAGGAGAGAAACCAUUUAGUUGCCCUGAGUGUGGUAAAAGUUUUUGCCAUAAGCUCACUUUAACCAAUCAUAUGAGGAUUCAUACAGGAGAGAAACCAUUCAGUUGCUCUGAGUGUGGCAAAAGAUUUAGAACAAAGGGAGAGCUAACUUGUCAUAUGACAAUACAUAAAGAAGAGAGACCAUUUAGUUGCUCUGAGUGUGGUAAAAGUUUUAGACUAAAGGACAUGCUAAGAAAACACUUGAUAAUUCAUAAAGACGAGAAAUCAUUUAGUUGCUCUGAGUGUGGCAACAGAUUUAGACGAAAGGAACAGCUAAAGCUGCACAUGAGGAUUCAUACAGGAGAGAAACAAUUCAGUUGCUCUGAGUGUGGUAAAAGUUUUAGACGAAGGGACGUGCUGAGAACACACUUGAAAAUUCAUAAAGACGAGAAACCAUUUAGUUGCUCUGAGUGUGGUAAAAGAUUCAAUCGUAAAAGCGGGCUAAAUGCCCACAUAAAAUCUCAUACAGGAGAGAAACCAUUUAGUUGCCCUGAGUGUGGUAAAAGAUUUCGCCAUAAGCUCACUUUAACCAAUCAUAUGAGGAUUCAUACAGGAGAGAAACCAUUUAGUUGCUCUGAGUGUGGUAAAAGUUUUCGCAUUAAGCUCACUUUAACCAAUCAUAUGAGGAUUCAUACAGGACAGAAACCAUUGGUUGCUCUGAGUGUGGUAAAAGUUUUCGCCAUAAGCUCACUUUAACCAAUCAUAUGAGGAUUCAUACAGGAGAGAAACCAUUUAGUUGCUCUGAGUGUGGUAAAAGUUUUCGCAUUAAGCUCACUUUUACCAAUCAUAUGAGGAUUCAUACAGGACAGAAACCAUUGGUUGCUCUGAGUGUGGUAAAAGAUUUAGCCAAAAGUCCAAUUAAACUAUUAUAUGGGAAUUCAUAGAGGAGAGCAGAGAUUCAGUAGCAUUUUUGGCGACAAAAGAUUUAUUAGGAUUGAUAUCAGCAGCUAUUCAUAUUAUACAUAUUCAUAGUUCACUGUUGUAAAUAGAGAAUAAAGAGUCCCUCCUUCACCUGUUUAUCAGUUCAACAGUAUUUGGAAUGCAGAAUUGCACACGCUCACACAGGCCCCGCCCCCACUCACUCAAACACACAUGAGAGAGGUGAACUCGUUGAUCUCCCAGUAAAUGUUGACUGGGAGCAACACAAGUGUGAAUACAGGGUUUUGGACUAAUCAUUAAUUAUUAGCGCUGCUGUUUCAGGAUCAGAACAGAAGCAGCGGUUGGCUUGUAUCAUGUCAGAGUCUGAGUGUCUUCCUCCACACUCACUGACCUGGUCUCACUUUACAUUUUCUUUAUCAACACCAACACUCAUCCAAAGUUAUUAAAACCUGAACAGAACUGAA